GGUUAAUCUGAUCUCCCGAUGACACGAUAUUCAAAGUUGGAUUGCACGUCCGCCGACAUCAGGAUUCUUUCUCGUGUUCAUUGCAACUCCCGACAAUGUCUUGUUGUUGAUUUGUCCUCCCUUGAACUAUUAAGUCGACUUUCAAUUUCUUCGCGAACUAGUCUCCUGGAGGCAUAUCGGGCCACCACCUUAUGACUGAUACCGUCGAGCUGAAGUACUAGCUCGAACUCGACCCCAGUGUAAAUAGCAUUGUCCUCCAGCCUUUUCAUCCUUCGCCAUGAUAGAUACUCAACAAGAUAUGCCCAAGCGCUUUGCCAACUACCCUCUUGCAGUUGAGGCCCCCAAAGUCCCGUACAAAAAGGAAGAUGAUGCGAAUCCCGUCUUCUCAGGCCGACUACUUGCCAUUGGAGCAUGGCUAAUUACCAAGGUCCAGCCUGCUCAGAAAUACCUAUGGCACAAUGCUGGAUUCGACGGUUUGAGGAAAGUUCCUCACCUUCGUGAUUACACACCAAGAUAUGAUCCUACCGUCAUUCCACUGACAGUUUCAACGCCACAUGAUCCUCUGCAAAUCGAUCCGCAGUUCUUCCCAAAACAAUCGCAAGACCUGCCGGGACGUUACUAUUCGAUUAUGGACUAUCAUGAAAUGUACUUAUCCGGGCAAUUGACACCCUUGAACGUUGUCGAGUACCUGCUCCCUAUCAUCAGAAGAGAUGUCCAAUCACCCAGUCAUCACUCGAUCGCCUUCAUCGACAGCAAAACAGAUCUCAUUAUGGACGCCGCCAAAGCAUCGACGGAGAGGUACAAAGCUGGUAAGCAUCUGGGUAUCAUGGAUGGAAUCCCCACUGCGGUUAAAGACGAAGGUGACGUCGCUGGCUACAGGACUACAGGAGGUCGGAAGAGAAAUGACGAAUUCUUCAAGAUUGCGACGAAAUCGACUAGACCUGCGCAGCUGCUCCAAGAAUCCGGUGCUAUCAUUCUUGGAAAGCUGAACAUGCAUGAGCUUGGUGCGGAUACGACUAACAACAAUCCAAAUUGGGGAACUCCACGCAAUCCUCACAAUGACCAAUACUAUACUGGCGGGUCUUCAGGCGGGUCUGCCUACGUCGUCGCAGCCGGCCUCGUGCCGUUUGCUCUUGGUGCAGAUGGAGGCGGAAGUAUUCGAAUUCCAUCAUCAUUCUGCGGUGUUUACGGCCUGAAGCCAUCGCACAAUCGACUUGAAGAUACAGGAAGUACUGUCACUGUCACUGGACCACUGGCUGCAACCAUGGCAGACCUCGAAAUGGCAUAUCGAACCAUGGCAGUUCCAGAACCCAAACAUCCUAUAUCGUCACUAUUUGCCCCACCUGGUCCUUUGACCAUGGAACUUGACCCUAAAAAGACCAGAUAUAUUGGCUUGGUUGACUCGGAGUGGAUACGAGCUGAUAAUAAAAGCUCAGCGUGGAGUAAUGCUAUGAGUCACCUCGAACGGCAUGGUUACAAACGCGUUGCUAUUGACCUGCCAUAUCUUCCUGAAGGACAACUCGCACACGCGAUGACCAUUCUCUCCGAGAUGACAAAUGGGUCUCGUUCAGAUCCCAUGUAUCCUAACAACUGGUUCAGUGGCUUGAAUGCUGCUAAUAAGGUCCUUCUGGGAGUUGGCGAUCAAACUCCUGCUCAAGAUUUUCUUCUCGCCCAGCAGCUACGGAACAUGCUGAUGCAGCACCUGGCAUUUCUUUACAAGAAGUAUCCGGGUCUACUCAUCAUAACUCCAACUACACCGAUGUCUGGCUGGCCGAUUCGUAAGCAGGCGGAUUUGACGCAUGGCAUUACGGACGGCAAUACUAGCAUUCGAAGCAUGCAGUUCGUAUGGCUGGCGAAUUUCUGCGGCAACCCCGCAAUUACUGUUCCUUACGGCUAUGCCGAACCUGUAAAAGGCGAAGGCAAAAUUCCACUAGGACUGAUGGCUAUGGCAGAGUGGGGCGGCGAAGAUGAACUACUCGCCUGGGGUCGAGUCAUGGAGAAAUGGCUCGGCCUCUCAAAUGAGGGCACUGAUGUUAUUGGUGGCGGUGGAAGAGUGAGACCAUCAAACUGGGUAGAUAUUCUUGUAAAUGCUCGAAAGAAGGUGGCGACAUGAGAGCUCGAGAUGCUGUGAAUAAUUGUAAUUUAUUUUGUAGUAUUCAGUUUAAGAAUAUUCAAAACAUACCCCAACUC